GUUUCGAUUGAAAAAUGUCAAAGUGGACAUUGAACAUUGGCCUUUGUCUGAUGUGGAUGAUUGUGAUUGAAACAUGGAUUGUAAUGACACAAAGAAGGGAUCAAUACCUUCCAAAACCACAUGCAAAAGAUACAAUCUGCCAAAGUUUCCAGCAAAAUAAUGAUAGCCAAUUGAAUAUACUGGCAAUUGGAAUAACGAGGGAUGGAUAUUUAAGAUUGAUAACCAAGAAUAACCUAAGUUAUGUUAUGCCAGCUUAUGCACUGGAUCCGACAAAUAAUAAAUUAUAUCUUAUGACUUGGCCCCAACCACUCGACAUUCAAUUGUCAAAAUUUUUUGAUUAUUAUAAGCCUAUUAUGAAAUUCAACUCGCUAGUAUGGUUGAUGUUUGAUCAAGAUGGUGAUUGGAUUUGUGUAGCAACCAAUUACAGUCAAACUGAAGAUGCCUUCAAUUAUGAUAUCAAGCAUAGAAGGGAAAUAACAGGAUGGUACUAUUUGGAAGCUAAUCUAAUUGUACUUUCAGCAGACGUAAAUUGCCAAUUCUAUACAAUAAAAGUAUCCACAAGUCUUCGAAUUAGUCGUUCUCAAUGUGAGAAAUCAAUAAAGGAAUUGCCCAUAGUAUUACCUAAAACUGGUCAUUCAGUCAUUUGUUUUGAUGAAUCCGGUAACAAUAUCACCAUAGUACGAGUGAAAGAUGAGCCUGCAUAUUGUAAGAAGCCUGUUCAAUGGCCAAUAUUGACAGGUUUUGUUUUUCAUGGAAACUUUUAUCUAUUUGGUCAUUCCUAUGUCUAUGUAUUUGAGGAAAAUGCCUAUAUGAAUGAAAGAAAAAUGUAUCCAUUUCAACAAAUUAGAAGUAAGGCUUCCAGUUUACAAAAUGGCACUGCCCAACCACCUGUUAUGGCGGACAAUCAAGCAGCAUCUUCCACUGGAUCAAGUUGUGUGGAUAGUAAUAUGAUUAGCAACACUAGUGCCAGUCGAUCAAAACGUUCAUCGAAACGAUCGCCAAGCAGUCGUGCUAAAUCAACCUGA